AUGAGUGAGACUGAAGAGUAUUCUCCCCCGAGGCGCGAUGGCGAGAGGGAUAUCCUUGAACUGGAAGAAAGUGCCGUGGACGCAGAACAAAGACAGAUAGAGUCGAGCAGGACAAAACUCGCUGUGCUCAUCGGCUCCGGGAUUAUCCAGCUGCCAAUAUGGGGCUUUGCGAUGAGCUAUGGUGUGUUCCAGCAAUAUUACUUUGACAACUGGACGCUGGAAGGAAAUCGCAACAUUACCGGUGUGAUCGGCACGACUGCAAAUGGGGUCAUGUACCUGUCCAUGCCAUUUCUCUUUGCGCUAUUUACUAGACGAUGGGCUCAUCGCCGUCAAAUUGCUGCUCUUUGUGGCACAGUGAUUGCAUGUGUCAGUUUCUUCCUGUCCGCGUACAGCACCACUGUCGGGCACCUGCUUGUCACUCAGGGCAUCGCCUCAGCGCUGGGAUGUGCUUUAGUUUAUAGUCCAACGACGCUCUCUCUUGGCGAGUGGUAUAGCUCCAGCAAUCGCGCCUUGGCAUAUGGAAUCGUCCUGUCCUGCAAGAACAUUGUCGGGACCAGCUGCCCAUUCAUGCUUCGAGCGUUGAUUGAUCACUACGGCUUUCGGACCACCCUGAAAGCAUGGACCGCGAUUGUGGGUGGAACAAGUAUCUUGGCGAUAUUCAUGAUACCGACUCACCCGUCGAAAGUGUCGAUCCAUAAAACUCGAGCACGCAAAAUUCCCUGGGAGUUCCUCAGGCAUCGGUCUAUCUACUUUUAUAGUAUCGCCAUUAUAUUCCAAAGUUCUGGAUACGGUAUCCCGCAAACAUAUCUAAGCACUUAUGCCCGAGAUAUUGUCAUGUUGUCUCAAACAUCAGGAACCUUGAUGCUGGCCCUCUUCAACGCGCCGGGUAUUAUUGCAUCGUCCUUUUUCGGAUGGCUGAGCGAUAAUAAGCGAGUGUCUCUUUCGGCCCAGGCUGUCUCUGCCAUUCCACCCAUCAGCUGCACCCUUGCCACGUUCUUUUUCUGGGGCCUGACCACGCAGGGCAACAUCGGCCUCUUGAUAGUCUUCUCCAUGACUUUUGGAUUCUUCUCCAGUGGCUACAGCGCCACCUGGGGCGGGAUGCUCAAGCAGAUGGAACGCGAGUCCGCAGAGAGAAACGAGCCCAUUGACCCGGGAAUGCUCUAUGGGAUUCUUAAUGGUGUCAGGGGGAUCGGGUACACCGGUGGGGGGUUUGCUGGCAUGGGACUACUGACAGCCGGGACUAUAUCAGCCAAUCCACUGUUUGGGUAUGGCACUUCUUACGGACCUCUUAUUUUGUUUACGGGGCUUUCGUCGCUUCUUGGUGGGUGGGUUGUCUUAUGGGGGUGGAAUUGGAAGAGGUUGUUGUCAUUCUCCUCUGAGCGCGUUCACUUGUUCGACCUCUACUCCAAUUUCUCAGGGAGCUCCAAAUCAUGGUCCUACAACACUUUAAAAGCCCGAGCAGUGCUCAACUUCAAGGGUAUACCUUACACCCAAAGCUGGGUUACCUACCCAGACAUCAAGCUUCUCGGCGCCAGCUUGGGCCUGCCACCCAAUGAACAAGGCCGCGCAUACACACUGCCAACAAUCGUCCACAAGGCCUCGGUGACUUCAUCUCCAACCGGAGCGUUGACGGAUUCUGUUUCGAUAGCCUUGCAUCUCGACAAGACGUUUCCAUCACCGCCGCUUUUUCCCUCGGGGGAUGCGAGUUAUGCGUUGUUUGUCGCCGUGGCCAAGAUUAUAACUCUUAUCGAGCCGGGUUUUCGUCCCUUUGUUGUUCCGCGUGUACCGGCCCAUCUGGAUCCACGCGGGCAAAAGUAUUUUAUUGAGACGCGCACUGCUGCCUUGGGGAAACCGUUGGCCGAAGUGCUGCCAACAGACAAGGAAAGUGUGGACAAGUUGUGGAAGAUUGUCGAGACAGAAUCUGCGCCACUGGUUAAAAUGCUAAAGGGAAAAGAGCACAAAAGGGGCCCCUUCUUCGAAGGUGAAACGGCCGGGUUUGCGGAUUUGUGGCUGGCUUGUCACUUGGCGUUUAUUGAGCGCUUUGAUAAGGAGCUGUUUGGGAAGUUUUUGGGUCUGGGGAAUGGUGAGAUCAAGGCUCUCUAUGACGCUUCUUUGCCCUGGAUCGAGGGUCAGGGGGAGGAGAAGGAGUGGCUGAUUCCACAGGCUGCGUCUUGA